CAAAUCAAGGUAUAUCGCUACAAGGUAAUCGCACGCUUCGGUCUCAUGCAUAUGAUUGGCACGAAUUUGGCCGUCUGGCUGAACGUGCUCAUACAGGAGACGAAACAUGAAAUUCUUACUUUCUACAAUCCCGAAAAUCGCACUCUACGUAUCUCACAUCGCAUUCCGGGUCAUUCGCGGGGACAUGCCGUCUCACCGACGGUCAUCGCGUCCGAUCCGACGGCACACUUACGCUUACCGCGGGGCCUCAAAGGGCCCUAUCAAAUAUUCGAGUGUCGCCGAACCAAUAUAAUUGGCACACUCGUACAGGACGCCUCACCGUUCCUUUUCCCUUGCACCAUAGAGUAUUCGCUCAUUUGUGCCGCCAUUUUGUAUGUGAUGUGGCGUAGUAUUUCGCGUCCGCAAACACCAGCGCCACAGCGUCCGGACACCAUCAGUUCGCCGAUGAAGCGCUCUCCCCAUCACUAUUCGGUGGAUUGUGCGCGUGCCCACAAGGGUCUCUUCGUUGGCAUACUCAUACUCGUGCUGACCAUCAUUUCGCUCAUUCUCUUCUUCGUGUUGAUCUCGCGACCGGAUUUUGUCGCCCUGGCCGUGACCGAAGUGACCAUCUGUGAACUCCUCAUCUACGGCACCGCUACAAUAGCAACACUAAUUGGCAUGAUACAAAUACGACAUUUGCAAUACGAUUGGUAUCGCAGCUUCUCAUUGGAUGAUAUAUUGUUAGUUGGCGCGCAGACUGGCUCCUUCUUAUACAACAUCUUUACAGUGAUUGCGGGUCAUUUUACACUGCGUAGCGAUGAUAUGUUAGUGCCAUUGAAUGCACUCGCCUCCAUUGUGCAAACAGCUUGCCAAACGUUAUUCAUAUUGGAUGCUAGUCGGCGACAAGCCAUCAAACCAGAGCAUAUACGAAAGAAACCCGGACGAGAAAUUGUGACUUUCAUGUUGGUGGUGAAUCUAGCGAU